AUGAUUGAUAUACAUUUACUAAAUAUUGAUUUUAUUAAUUUAAAAUCAAUUUCUCUAAGCUAUCAAAAAAUAAUGGGAUGUUGUUAAGAUAGACCAAAUAUGACUCUCAAAGCCAACGAACUGAGACCUUUGACGAAAGCUCCAUCUCUUAUUCUUACUCAAAGAGCUCAAGUUAUGGAACCUAUGAGAAUUUCUAUUAUUGGAGACGUUGAUAAAUUGGAUUUCAUGGAUGAAUUCCUUUAACCAAUGCCUUCCAUCACUUAAAUUGAUUCUAAAUUCCCCACUAAACAAAUGUCAUCCCGUGAAUUAAAGGAAACAAGAGACUUAGUAAUUCAUUCAUUCAUUAUUCUUUUAGAAAUUGACGUAAAUUUCAGAAACCAUUAUUAUUGAUAUGAGGUCAGGUACAUUCCUUUAAAGUCCACUUAAACCAAUGUCAGAGAGACGUUCCAGCAAAAACUUAAAUUAAAAAUUCUUAGAGAUGCUUUGAUAAUUAUCCUAUGAUAUGAGUAU